AUGGCCAACCUAACAAGAACCACCUUGUGGGCAUUGAUGUUAAUGGUCAUGGUGGCUUCCGCCAUCUCAAGAAACACACCACCACCACCACCACCAUCUCCAUCACCUCCAGGCACAACCACCAGUAGUAAAGUUGAUGACAAGGUGGCUUCGGUUCAACGUGUUGUGAGAAAAGUUCAAGCUUACUACACGGCUUCUUCUGGUCCUAGUGACAAGGGUCGUGGGCAUAAUAUAAAGAUCAUAGUAGAAAUAUGA